CUUCAUCAUCAUGUCAAAUGCACCAAGAACAGAAGAAGAUGCAGAGUACAAAAAGCUCUGCGAGAACCACAAACACUUGAUAGAAACACUACCCAAAUGCAAUGGAUGGUGGACACCACACCUACAUAACUACAAUGGCUUCUGGUUAAGCCCUGAUAUCCUAAAAGCCAACUUGCUUCUACAUACCUAUUUCAAAUCACACCCUACCGACAUCUUCUUGGCCUCCUUCAUGAAGUCCGGAACCACCUGGCUUAAAGCUCUUGUGUUCUCUACCCUUAACCGCCACUGCUACACCUUCUCCGACCACUAUCUUCACAAGCACAACCCGCAUAGCGCCUUUUCGCCACUAGACGCUGAAUCCUACCCUAUUACCGACUUCACUAACUCAUCGACUCCUCGAGUCUUCUCUACCCAUUUCACCCGCACUAUGUUACCAGCUUGCAUGAGCUCUUGCAAGUUUGUCUACGUCUGUAGGGACCCGAAAGACGUAUUGAUUUCCAUGUGGCAUUUCAUGAACAAAAUUAGAUCCAAAGAUCUACCUCCUCUUUCGUUGGAUGAAGCGUUUGAGCUUUUCUGCCUCGGUGUGUCAGACUAUGGGCCAUUCUGGGAACAAGUUCUGUCAUACUGGAGUGCUAGCUUGGAAUAUCCGGACAAGAUUUUGUUCUUGAAGUACGAGGAUAUGAAGAAAGAGCCGGAGGUAGUAGUGAAGAAACUGGCAGCUUUUGUGGGGAAGCCGAUAACGGUGGAAGAAGAGGAGAAAGGGGUGGUGAGGGAGAUAGUUAAGUUGUGUAGCUUUGAGAAUUUGAGUAAUCUAGAGGUAAACAAGGAAGGUUUCGAAAAGUUUGGUAGGCUGGUGAACAUAGAGAAGCGAGAUUUCUUCAGAAAAGGAGUGAUUGGAGAUUGGAAAAACUAUUUGACCAAGGAGAUGAAAGAACGUAUUGAUGGAAUCACUGCUCAGAAGUUCAAGGGUUCGGGUUUGAUCUUUACUGCAACAGGUUGAGGUCAUGAAUGGCUACUUCAUAUUACCCCGAUUAUGAUAUCAGUAUCAUUGUAGCGUAAAGAUUUGUGCUUCCAACAUGUUGUUGUUGAAGAAUAAUAUGAACUUCAUGUUUGUAUUGGAAGUCGAUCUAGUAGAGCGAGUCUUUAAGCAGUGGCUUAAUAACUGAAGGUUGUUACUACUUUGUUUUGUGUUUCUGUGUCUGUUUUUAGUCUGGGUCAAUGUACUCGCUAUAUAAUCCAUAUUUAUGAAUUGAAUAACGAAACAUUUCUUAGAAAAAAAA